AUGUCAAUGAAAGUAUUACAAAGUUGGUUAGAAUUUUACUUCAAAGAAAUUGAGAUACAAUUGGAUGUAUUAUUUGAUUAUUUUUAUGCUUUUAGUCAGCUUUUAAUAAUAUCAAUUAUUAGAUUGAUUCACUAUUCAAUAUGGAUUCUUCAAUUUAUAAUGUAAGCUCUCCAUAAUUAGGAUUAUCAGAUCAAAAUAUUACUGAAAUCAGUUUAAUUGAUUUAUCCGAGUAUUAUUCAGACCUUUUUCAUCUAGUGAAACCAUAAAUCAUUUCAAAAAUUAAAGAUCAUGUUCAAUUACAAGUUUUAUAGGUUUAAAAUAAGAGUCAUUAAUAUUACAGAAUAAGAAUAAUCGAUGAAAUUUUGAUCUUCAAAAAGCCAUUUACUUAUUAGUUUAUAAAAGAAAAAUCGACUAGCCAAGAUCUAUCUAUUUAGCAAUUGCUUUAAUUUGGAUUGCUCAAAGGUAAUACUUAGUUGUAAUACUUAGCAAUCUUGAAAUAAAUUUCAAUCAUACAUCAGCAUAAAAUAGCGUAUUUACUUUUAUGUUGA